AGUUUCAGCGUCUGAGCCAGUGAAUGACAGCAGCGCCGCCCGCCGGUCACCGCCGCGGCCCCGCUGGUGUCCCGAGCUCCUGUCUGCGCGCCCCUCGGGAAAGCGAGCGGCGUGCCUGGGGCCCAGAGGGCCUCCCGGCUCUCCCAGGCCCCUAGCCCGCUGUCCCUCCGCUGCCGGCGCCAUGGGCAGCGAGCAGAGCGCGGAGGCCGAGAGCCGCCCCGGCGAUCUGAACGCCUCAGUGACCCCAUCUCCAGCUAAACAUCGGGCCAAGAUGGAUGACAUUGUGGUAGUAGCCCAGGGCUCUCAGGCCUCCAGGAAUGUCAGCAAUGAUCCUGAUGUCAUCAAGCUGCAAGAGAUUCCAACCUUCCAGCCUCUUUUAAAAGGGCUCUUGAGUGGACAGACAUCCCCAACAAAUGCCAAACUGGAGAAGCUGGACUCUCAGCAGGUGUUACAGCUCUGCCUCCGGUACCAAGAUCACCUGCACCAGUGUGCAGAAGCGGUUGCUUUUGAUCAGAAUGCUCUAGUCAAGCGAAUCAAAGAGAUGGAUCUGUCUGUGGAAACCCUCUUUUGCUUCAUGCAGGAACGCCAGAAAAGAUAUGCCAAGUAUGCAGAGCAGAUCCAGAAGGUGAAUGAGAUGUCGGCCAUACUGCGCCGCAUCCAGAUGGGCAUCGACCAGACGGUGCCGCUGAUGGAGAGGCUCAACAGCAUGCUGCCAGAGGCCGAGCGCCUGGAGCCCUUCAGUGUGCGGCCUGAGCGGGAGCCGCACUAGCAGACGCCUGCCUCCCGCAGCUCCUUCAGCCUCUGCCUGGGCCCUGAAGUUUGCUUAGAUGCGGUUGACCGACACGGACUCGCCCACGUGGUCAUUCCUGAUAACUGAAGUUGUUGGGACAGUUGAAUUCCUUUGAAUUCUUUAAAGAACUUUGCAUCGAGAGUUAUUUUUAUUUUGCUCCGAUUUUUUUAAUUAAAAGUGUUAUCUAGACUAGCUACUGUAAUGAAACUGGAGAAAACAUUAAGAACCCUGGGAGACUUGACUCAGGCCCUCUGGGUUGUGGUUGCAAACAUAGUUAUUGUUCCAGAAAGCUCCCGUCACAUCGGGGAGGUAUCUGCAGUGUCUUCCUCUCCUGCUGGGACACUGUCUCUGUUUCCAGGUGCCAUGCCCCUUUUGUGGGUCACCGGAAACUGAAUUCUCCCCUCACUCACUCCUGGAGUGUUGUCUGUUAGUAACUGCUGUCCCGACAUUGUCCAGCCUUCGGUCCCCUUGGCAGACCUCGGCCUCCGUAACAAGGUUGGCACCCACAUUUCACCCUGUCCACCAAGGGUGGGCCUUCUCUCACUCCAGAGAGCCACUGAGCUCUGCUGAUGUGCUGGGGACGAAAGUGGAGGCAGUGCAGCCUCCGCCUCCGUUGCCGUCUGUGGGUCAUGACGCCCGCCAGAGCUGCCGCCCAUCACGGGAGGGAAGGAGGGAAGGAGGAGCCGCUCAAGGGAGGGAGGCUGGAAUGAAUGGAGGGCAGGCCUGAAGACAGGAGCUGGGGUCUGAGGAGACCGGGCUGGGGGCCUGCAGCCUCCACCUGUCCCUGUAUUCCUCCAGAACCCAGAGGUGACGUAUCAGGAGUCAGAAUAGCUUUUAGUGUUUGUAUAUGAUUAAAAUUAAUCUGUUUACUUUA